GGCCGGUUCAGUCGGCCUGACAGCCGGCUUCCAGACGCGGCCGGAGGCUCUCGCGGCCAUGGCUGCGGAGGAGGAGGUGGACUCGGCGGACGCCAGCCAGGGGUCAGGAUGGCUAGCAGGCUGGCUUCCCACCUGGUGCCCAACAUCUCCACUGCUCCUUAAAGAAGCUGAAGAGAAAAUGUUAAAAUGUGUCCCUUGCAUUUACCAGAAAGAACCUGUUCUUAUAUCUAAUGGAAAUAAAAUAUGGACGCUGAAGUUCUCUGAGAAUAUUUCAAAUAAGACUCCACUUAUCCUCCUCCAUGGUUUCGGAGGAGGCCUUGGACUGUGGGCACUGAAUUUUGGAGCUCUUUCUACUGACAGGCCCGUCUAUGCUUUUGACCUGUUGGGCUUUGGACGGAGCAGUAGACCCAGAUUUGACAGCGAUGCGGAGGAAGCGGAGAAUCAGUUUGUGGAAUCCAUCGAGGAGUGGAGGUGUGCGCUGGGGCUGGACAGGAUGAUCCUGCUUGGACACAACCUGGGGGGCUUCUUGGCUGCUGCCUACUCACUGAAGUACCCGCUGAGGGUCAGCCACCUCAUCUUAGUGGAGCCCUGGGGUUUUCCUGAACGCCCGGACCUUGCUGAUCAAGACAGACCAAUUCCCGUUUGGAUCAGAGCCUUGGGAGCAGCACUGACCCCCUUUAACCCACUGGCUGGCCUCAGGAUUGCAGGCCCCUUCGGUCUGAGUCUAGUGCAGCGUCUGAGGCCUGAUUUCAAGCGGAAGUACUCUUCGAUGUUUGAAGACGACACUGUGGCGGAGUACAUUUACCACUGUAACGUGCAGACCCCCAGUGGCGAGACUGCCUUCAAGAACAUGACCAUCCCCUAUGGCUGGGCAAAAAGGCCCAUGCUUCUGCGCAUCGGGAAGCUGCACCCUGACGUGCCUGUGACCGUCAUCUUCGGGGCCCGCUCCUGCAUCGAUGGCAACUCCGGCAGCAGCAUCCAGUCCCUGCGGCCGCAGUCCUACGUGAAGACCAUCGCCAUCCUCGGGGCUGGGCACUACGUGUACGCGGAUCAGCCAGAGGAGUUCAACCAGAAGGUGAAGGAGAUCUGCGGUUCCGUGGACUGAGGGACACCCUGGCCCAGCGCCCGGAGACGGCACAGCUCUGCGUGGCCAGAGCGUGUGACACGGCCAGCGCAGACGGCCACCUCCCACUGUGCCUUGCGCCUGGUGCCCGCGGGGAGGCACUGCACAUGUACACCAGCCAGUGCCUUCUAGAAGAAUGGGUCUCCUCUCCGCAUACAACCGAAAGACAGGAGUCUCCAAAUUUAGUAACUUUAAAUAAAAGGUUGUUUGUCCCUCUGCUA